AUCUGAGGGAUAUAGCUGCCUCUUGCAGUGUUAUCCAAUUUGACUGGAUCGUCGAGUGGAAUAGGUACUGGCCAAAACGGUGCUGCUAAAUUUCACUACAGUAAAAAAAAAAGUCAUCAUAAGAAGUUAUGCAUAGCUGUCUAUAAACGGCAUCAUCACAAUUAACAUCAGCCACCCCAAUACCACCACCACCACCGUGCCGACCUCCAACUUGGAUUCAUCACCCUCCACUACCUCUGACCCCAUGGAGAACAGCAAGGCGGGCAUAGGGACAGCACCCCACCCCAUUAAGAGAGGGAAAGGGACUGCUUCCCCCUACAGUUUUGCCCCGGAUCCCUUGGGCCUCAACCAGAACCAUGUGGUGUGUCUGCCUCUGGUCACUGACCGCCAAAAGCUCCUCUGGGCCUACUCAGACCAGAUCCAGGAACUAGACAAUGUGGCAUAUCUCACAGAAGCAUUCAAAGCUUUCCCCUACCCGACCCUUGAAGAGACAGCCGCACUCGCCCAGCGCAGCUCUAUGCACCUCGACCAGGUCAGAGUGUGGUUCAUGGUGCAACGGCUGCACGUUGGAAUCAGCUGGGAAGCAGAGGAGAUUAGUGAGGCCCGGCACAAGAUGUAUGGAUCCAGUCAGGUCCAGGAGAUUGGUGAGGCCCGGCACAAGAUGUGUGGAUCCAGUCAGGUCCAGGAGAUUGGUGAGGCCCGGCACAAGAUGUAUGGAUCCAGUCAGGUCCAGGAGAUUGGUGAGGCCCGGCACAAGAUGUAUGGAUCCAGUCAGGUCCAGGAGAUUGGUGAGGCCCGGCACAAGAUGUGUGGAUCCAGUCAGGUCCAGGAGAUUGGUGAGGCCCGGCACAAGAUGUGUGGAUCCAGUCAAGUCCCAAAGAUGGACAAGAAUGACAAGGUAUCAGAGAUGACACGUCCCCUUGGUGGUGACGGAGAAGGGAGUGGGCAUUCUCCCGUCAACACGUCUGCUGAGUGUGGUCGCGUGUUUUCACCUGCUCCUUGCAAACGUCUCAAACACCACCUUGUUGCUGGGCCCAAUAAGGUCAGUCUACAACCGCCUUCUCCACUGCCCCAAAUCUCUCCACUCCCUGUUCACUCAGUGGGGCCUUGCACAACAAUGGGGCAACCCCUGAAUGUGAGAGUCAUCGAUAACUACGUCAGAUACCACAGGCCCAAUAAGCAGUCUAACUCUGAGCUGUGGCAGAGCUUCCUUCAGGACUCCAAACCUUCACAGGUGGAGCUAAGGCGUCUACAAGCCCUAACGAAUCUCAACAUGAAAUACAUCCGCAAGUGGUUCGCCAACCGCCGCUUUUCAUUUGGGGUCCAUCACCGUGUCAAGGCCAACCCGGAGUCCGAAAAUGGCCAGUCACAGCCCAACAGUAGGCGGACGCAACCAGCAAUGCCACACCAUGAAAGCGGCAUAAGACCAACAAAGAAACGGGCCUCUAAUGCAGAUGACAUUGUGACAAAGUGCUACAACGGUAACCAUGACACACCCCACCAGAUGAACUCAAGUUUGGAAGGGAAGGAGGUAGAGAAAGAUCUGAAAGUAAGGAAUGAAAAAGGCCUGGGAUCAGCAAACGAUGAAACACCAACCAGAGUUAGAAGAUGCAGAGAAAUAAGGGAGAAUUCCCAGGAGGACAAAGGGAAGGAGGAGCAAAAGGAUGUAGGGUUCGCCAACGUCAGAAACAACCGCGGAGACACGCCUCCUAAAAUGAGCGGGAGGACUAAGGUCAAGACCGGGGCCCAACUGGGACUACUCAGACGAUUCUUCCUCACCUGCCAGUGGCCCAACGGGGACGACUACUCACUGCUGCAGCAGGAGACGGGCCUGUCUCGACCCUACAUCACCAAGUGGUUCAGUGACACCCGUUACCACAUCAAACGGGGCAAGGAGCACUGGAUAACUAAGGAGGAUCGCCUGAAAGUCCUUGCCCAGAUAAGGGAGAAGCAGAAGGGACAGAGGAGCCCCUGCAUGCUGCGUCAUUAGCGGUAUUCACAAUGCUAACGACGAGGCUGGUAGCGGGGAGAAAGAAGCUGAAGGGACCGCUGGGACCAUCCCAGGCUACGCCUCCCUGAGUACUGAUGUGGAGGGACGUAUCAUCUGACAGUUUGAAAAUGAAAAAGCCUAUCCUAACCUAUAGAGCAAUGGUCCCCAACCAUAGAUACUAGGACUCUUGGGGGUACGUGGCCUAUUAGCAGAGUUGAGGACAUUGAUGAGACCAUAGGCUUACUGGUUUGCUUAAUGUGAGGAGGUACUCGGGGCUGAACGGAAUUCUGUUUCUGGUACAGUAUUUGAAAAGGGUGGGGAACCAACUGGGAGUGUUGGCGAAGAUGAUGGAAAUUAAGCAAUGAGUAUUGAGACUCACCCCUGUUGUAAUCUACUAGACAGGUCGGAAUGGUUCGGUAAGGGGAUAUUGGGGUACGUUUGGUAUUACACUGAAAGAGCUAUCUUUCUGUUGUAUGUUGGAAACUAGUUGUUGAUUAACUUUGGCUAAUUUAUCACAUAGUCUUAAUAAGCACUAGGCUACUAUUACUUAUAGCCUCAAUUUGUUUGGGGAGUGAAACACUGCAUUGAACCAUACCAGCUACUCUUCGUAAAUUGAAAGCCUAUUAACAAAAGGAUGUAACACAUUUAGGUCCAAUGACGACAACCAAGUUAUUCCACCAAAGCUACCCAAAACAUCUUCAAAAUGUUAAUUAGUGUGGUUGCACUAGUGUACUGUACAGUGACGUCCAGGUGACAUACUGUACCAGUUAUGUUGGUUUUGCUGGGGUGAAACACACGUUUUGGGGUGAAACACCCGUAGCUGUUGGAAUUCACAUUAUGUGAAGGCACCAGUGGCAUGCCUUUGCUUGCAGUAGGACACCGUUUGCUGUGAAGAAAACCUGGCCUACACUUUCAUGCCGAGCUGCUUUAACCCCACAACAUGGGUGAGGUCUUGAGCAUGAACUGCCUGGACAACUCGCCAUCAUUAAAAAGUCCAUGACUUCGGUUCCAAAGCAUAUCCGGUUUGUGGAGUUAAGCUGAACUCAAACCUGGAUCAUGCAGCAAAGCCAUGAUGCCAUUGUUUAAUUUCAUGGAGUGGCUUAGUUCUUAACUCAUUUGAAAUGUUGUUGCCGGACCGACAAAGAGCAUCUGCUGUUCAAUAUCCCACAAAAGGUGCUGAGUUAAAGCGGCUCUGUGUUGAGAGUGGGACAAAAUUCCUCCACAGCGACUGAAGAAAGCAAGUUGGUGUUCGUUAAAUUAAUUAAUUAGUAAGCAUUUAAUUUUUUAAUUCAACCUACCUUUUUUUAAAUAAAAAAUCAGACAGGGCGAAUACUUUAAUGUCACUGUACAUGUAAUGUUUAUCAAAUCGACCGUACAUUGUAAAUUAGCCUGCAAUAAUAAGCCAUUGUUUGCACGUAAGUAUGAAAUGUUAUCUGCACAUUCAUGAAAGCCUUAAGCCCUUUAUAGAAUAUUGUGCUUUUCAAUUUCAUAUAUAGGUAAAAGAAAAGACAUAUCCACAGCAACAUCCUUGAGUUCUACCAUCAUUUCAGUUUUGCCAGUUUUAAAAUGUCCUGUUCUCACAGUUAUUAUUGUAUUGUCAAUUUAAGCCCCACAGGUUUGUGUUUAGAGUUUAACUAUUACAUGUUAUUGAUGUUCCUUUUUUAAAAUCUCUUCAGUGUUAAGAAUUGGGUGAAUUUCGCCUAUUUAGUGAAUCCCAAUAAUCUCUCAUUCCACUUAAUGUGUUGUUUUUUACUUUUCCAAACAAGUUAAAAAUAUUGGAUUGGUGUAGGCAUUGGCUCAGGGCAGUUCAUGAAGAUAAGCGAACAAAUUGAACACUUUGGGGAAAGAGACAUUUUUGGGAUGGUUUUGUGUGGUUUUAUGACGAGUUAACCAUUUAUGUAAUCAACAACAAAACAACUCCAGCUAAAUCUCUGAGUGUUAUUAUGUUUGUGUGUGG